AGCCGCCUCGGCGGGGCGAGGGCGCGCCCGCGCCCGCCCGCAGGGGAGGCCCCGCGCGCCCUCGAGUGGGGGGGCGCGGGCGGCGGGCUCCGCGGCCACGGGGCGCGCGGGAUGUCCUUCGCGGCCUCCUCGCGCGCGGACGCGGAGAGGCGGGGCGGCCGGCAGCCGGCCCGGGGCUGCGCGAGCCUCGAGACCUCCGCGCGGAGCAGCACGAGCAUCCUGGACAUCCUUGAUUUCAGCGCGCUCGGAGAGGAGGACCCCUCCCUCGCGGAUGGGCACCGGGCCGUCUACGACCGCGAGGUGCCCUUCGAGCUGCGCGUGCAGGACGCCGGGGUGAGGCCCGACGAGGCGGGCACGCUGGACGCUAUGAGGUGCAAGAUACUGCUUCUCGGCGAGGAGCACGACCCAGAGAACAUCCGGAUCGAGAUCACCAGCAAGAACGACAUCUUCUUCCACUACGCCCAUAGCGUUGAUGCCCACGGCUUCCGCUCGAUGCAAGACCAGCAGAAGCUGAUGAUCGAGUUCCCCGACUACCUCUCGGUCCUGAUCAGAAUGCUGAACAGCUGCAUCAUGGACCCGCACGUGUACCUGGCGGUCCUCGCCAUGCGGCAGGACGGGAGCGCUCGCCUCGACUUUGUCCAGAACCUGGAGUACAAGUUUAUCGAGCUGCUCUCCUGCGACUUCCUGGCGUCCUCCGAGGAGAUGGUGCGGCAGCAGGUGACCUUCCAGUACAACAGCAUGAGCAGAAGACUGGAGGCGAUGAAGACUCACCUUCAGGACAUCAGCGAGCUUGUCAAGGUGAAGAAUCCGUCCCUGCUGCUGCAGCUGAAGCGGGCGGCGCGGCCCAGAGCAGGCGCGGCCCGCUGAGGUGGGCGGCAGCUGCGCAAGAGCCUGCGCAAGAGCCAGCGAGACGCACGCGCUGCACGCGCGAGCGCGCGGCGGUGGCGGCAGCUGACGCGUGCCGCCGCCGGCGCGUCAACCAGUCGCGAAUCGUCCUGGUCUCGACUAGACGUAAGAGUAACCUUUCGGUCAUUCUUGCGUGUAGCCGAUGGUCUGCCCACAGGCCCAUUCCCAGGCCUCCCAAGUGUCGGGGCGGCCAAGACUGGGGUUGUGAUGCCUUCUGCGAACCCCCUCCCGUGCACGAACGCCCGAUCGAGCCGCGGGCGUCCAAGGCCGCCGCCGCGCGCCGGCGCGCGCCGACGCGCGCGGGGCGGGCUGGGCGGUGCCGUCCGC